AUGAAAAUCUAUGUGAAUAACAGUCGAAGUGUAACACUUUGUGCCUUAGAAGUUGAGUCGAACACUACGGCUGAAUGUGUGCAGAAUAAAAUCCAAGAGAAGCUAGAAAUUCCCUCAGAAAAGCAGCGACUUUUCUUCACGGACAAAGUACUCGACGUUGAGAAAACGCUAGGCGGCUAUGAAAUAUGUAAUGGGUCGUCUAUAAAACUGGAAUUCACAUCGUCUACUACAGAUGAAGCAACAACAUAUGGGGAAGGAUUAAAGAUUACAGAUAAGAGAACCCUGAAGUGGCUCGGUAGCUUUGAAAGCCUAAAAUAUCUCAUCGAGAAAUUGCAAUUACCAAAAGCCAAAUGGAUGACUCCAGGCGGUGGCUCGAAAUUGUAUGAAUGCGAAGAGUUUUCUGUGCGCUGGUAUUCAACUAAUGGAACACUCACUUUCAAGGGAAAUAAAGCCAGUGAAAUUAAAGCAAACUUCAUCUCCAUCUUGGAAAACGAAGUAGAAGAGAUUAGCCAAAGUCAAGACGAAUUGCAAUAUAAUCUAUUGAUAAACGAUCUCAUGAGUAAAUUCAUGCAAAGAAUAGACGACAAGGUCGAGGGGAUUUCGCAAGAAGUAAACAAUCUGAAGGCCAAUACAAGUCAACCAGAACGAAUUGAUCUGAUCAACAACCUCAAACGGGAAAUAGACGAACUUAAAAAUGAAAGCUUAGAAUUACGCCAAAGGAAUGCAACUAUAUCGUACGCUAUGGCAGACUUGCAAACUAAAGUUAAAGACACGGAGAACGAAAAAACCAGCCUAAUUACGGCAAUUAAGCUGGUUCAACUCGAUCAAUCCAAACCUAGUGGAACCAAAAAUCAAGUUGACACCUGGCAUGUUGUUCGAAAUAAGAAACCAAACGUUAGCAAGGAUGCCCACAAAACGGCCGCCGAUAUCUCGGAUGUUAACAGAUAUGAAGUCCUUAGUGACAGCGAUGUAGAACUAACAGAAGGACAACGCCCGCCUUAUGUCAGACCGAUCACGACCCACAAGAAUCCUGGCAAAAAAAGUAUCAACUUUUGA